GCAUCGACGCUUCGUCAGUCUUCGUUUUUCUCGUGCGUUGAAAAGACUCGCCCCAACGUCCUCUCUCUCGCGGCUAAGAUCGAUUUUUCUUAGCAGAAUUAAGAAAUCAAGUGCAAACGCAAGGAAAUAAGGAAAAACAGUGGAGUGGUUCCUAAUUUCCUUCCUCCCUUUUUGUGUGAAAGUGCAUCGUUUUCGUUGCUUUUAUUUAAUCCCGAUUUAUGGUUGCACACACGGUUUCGUUCGAUUUUUAGAGCGGUAUCGAACGGAUUCUUCUAGAUCGUUUGGAAGAAAACGAGUAAAGUAGUCAUUUCUUUUUUUUUGUGCAACGUUGAAUUAAAAAAUCCCAAAGCACACACCAUUUCUUGUGCCUAAAAGGCUAUAUGGGCUGGAGCAGUUUUUUUGUGUGAAAAUUAUUGAAAGACUCUCUACGCCGUCCCAGAAACGGACAAUUAUCCUUGAAAGGAAACGCACACCGUCGUCGAAGAGCAGGUGAAUUCGCCAUCAAGCAAAAAGUGUGACAGUACAGAAGCAAGGCAACGGAAUAAGAAGGAUGGCGGAGUCGGAGGAUUUAAGUAGUAGCAGUAGUAACAGUAGUAGUAGGGAGGAUAUGCACUUUUUCGAAGGAGUCGAAAAGCUGUUGGAGAUCUGGUUCGUACCGAACCCAGCGAACAAGAGUGCCGAUCUGCGGAAGAUCCCCAGACCGAUGUGGGAUGCACUGCUGAAAACCGUACGAUGCGAAAUAAUCAGCUUCACCAGAAACGACCAGAUCGAUGCUUAUGUGCUGAGUGAAAGCAGCAUGUUCGUGUCCAAGCGUCGUUGGAUUCUAAAGACAUGCGGUACCACCACACCGCUGCAGUGCUUCGAACCGUUGCUACGCCUGGCAGCGGAAAUUGCCGGUUACGUCGAGAUCGAAGAUUUGUUCUACUCGCGCAAGAACUACAAACGUCCGGAACUGCAGGUGUCUCCACAUCGUGGAUUUGAAGAGGAGGUCGCUUUUCUGGACUCGUUCUUUGAAGAUGGGCGCGCCUAUAGUUUGGGUGCGAUCAAUCGCGACUGCUGGCAUCUCUAUACGCUGAGCCGCGGGGGAGGGGGCUCCAAAAUUCUCAAACGCAACAACCAUCUCCAUCAGCUGAUGGAGCAACACCAUUCAGAGCAGCAGCAUGACGAGCAGCUGUUUGAAGCGUCCAUGCAACCAGAUCCGGAUCAAACGAUCGAGAUCCUGAUGACGGAUCUUGACCCGAACGUAAUGGCCAUCUUCACAAAGGAUGUCUGCACCACAGCCAAAGAGGCUACCCAGAAAUCGGGAAUUCAUCGUCUUCUACCAGGUAUGGUCAUCGAUGACUAUCUUUUUGAUCCGUGUGGCUAUUCCAUGAACGGUAUCUCGAAGAAUUGUGGAAAGAAAUACAAAGAGGGAUGUUACAUGACCAUCCACAUUACGCCGGAACGUGAGUUUUCGUACGUCAGCUUCGAGAGCAAUGUCGCAUCAUCGGAUUACGGCGAGUUGAUCAAACGCGUCAUCCGCACGUUCCAGCCGGGUAAAUUCAUCGUAACCGUGUUUGCAAACAAGACGUCGAUUGCAGCGAAUGCAAACCGCGAGAUCGAACAUCUGGGCAUCAUAGAUCAGUGGAAGCGUCGCGACAUUCAAUACUCGCGUUUCGCCAGCUAUGACCUUACGUACGCCCAAUACUGCAAAUACCCUAGCUGAGGUUUACCGUGCCUAGCUCCACAGGCAGGGGCUAACAUUCCUUCCCCCGUAUCCCUUCCCGUCCUUCCAUCGUCUGAUGCGUUCUCUGACGAUGGUCCUAUCGUUCCCCCUUUUCCGUCCUCUACAACUCGUCCAGAAAAGCGAAACAUUUUGCAUUUCAAACACAACAUCUCCACAACAACGCCUCAGCAUCCGCUACCGAUUGGAUUCGUAAAGUUGAUCUUUGGUAUCUUUUCCGCGCUCACAUCGUUCGGUACUGGCAGUGACCCAGCUAAAAAGCCGUACCCAAUGGCUGGUAAAUCUGAUAAACGCAGUGGAAAAUGUUUCAAGCAGCAGCUGAACAAAGAUCAAAAGCAUCAAGAUGAACUCCAUUCAAUUCCCGACCGUCUUUACUCGUAUCUGCAUCCAUAUCGUGCACUUGGAAACAAAUCUUCUCAGUCGCCACUAUUGAAGAAACAAACGGAAUUUACAUCGCCCAUGUUUAUCGAACAACAGCUCCAGCAGCAGCACCACCACUUGAUGGAUGAAAUGGCCGCUAGGCCGGACUGCGACGAGCUACAGUUCUAUGGGCAGCUGAAGAAACUGCUCGAUCUGCCGGUCCUGUUUGCCAUCUGCCUCGUUCAGCUUAUAUCGUACGUGCUCGUGUUGAAUAUCGAGGAAUGCUCUCCGCUGGUUCUUUUUUCCUGGUGGCGUAACAAGAUAUCCUGAAAUUGACUAGCCGUCGUUGCUCGCCGCAGCCUUCAGUUCUGAUUACAACCGCCACCACCAUCACCUCCAGGAUCAUCGACAUCUUUGCGAUUCGUUUGUUAUGUUGAAUGUUAUUAUUAUUUCAAUAAUAAUACGGUAGCAGCAGUACAAGCAACAGCAAGAUCCGGAUGGAAACCCGAUCGCCGUCAGCAACUGCAGGUUGUAGGGCGGCAAAAAUGCCAAACGCUUGCUAGCCGUUGGUCGCGAGCUACACUUUGUGCGUUUUGUUCCGUUACAAACGAACAGCAAUUUAGGGCGUCUUUGUUGUGUGCAUCAGUAGAUUCUAAGUUUUUCUGCAUUUCACUUGAUCAUUCUUACCGCCGCCCAUUUGAAGCGACCAGCAACAGAAAGAUCAUGAAACGUUGGUGUUUUGGAAAGUUUGCUUCCAUCAAAGGUGAAGGAGACAUUUCAUUAGACCUAACAGAGCAUGAUAAGCAGAAAGAACGUCAACAUUAUGCACCAUCUUCUCUUGGACGUCAUGAAUCUAAGCAGUGGCGAAAACAUCAUUUAAAACGGGGCGCAAAACCGAAAACUUCCAACAUUUCUGCACCACCAACACCACCAGAAUCCACCACCUUAGUGUUAGGAAUAGAAACAUUAGCAGCUGUACUUCGACUCAGUUCACCUUCCGUGCGCAUGAUCGGUUGGGAGGGACACGGAUAUGUUAGUGCGCACCAGGAACAGGUACAACAAGGAAGUCAUUCCGUGGUACUUUACUGUAUAACUUUUCUGAAUAUUGCACGACUUCUUGCACCGGUUCAACCCAUUAUUUUUGCCUUUCUAAUCUCACUCGAUCUGUACUCGUAGCAGCGAUUGUUAGCCUCUUGCAAUCGGAACCUUCGCGGUGAAAUGCCGUUUGCAAUUAGGUAGCAUUUAUUUUUUACCUCCAUUGCGAUGGAUCUAUCAGCUGCGGUUCGGUAGUCUAGAGAAGAAAAAUGCGCCUCACUGACGAUAGCACAAAGAAGCAAGAGUAGAAGACGAUGGAAGAGGGAUGUUUUUUUCCUUUCUUUGUUCAUUUGGGAGUUGCACUCUAGAGGUAGUUCCUCUGGUGAAUUAUUUAAAUUUCUUCCAUUUGCUACCCAUUUCCACCCACCAUUCAUUCCCGGUUGGGAUGCUGUUGACGAUUGAUUGAAAGGUAGUUUCGCUGUUUUAUCAUUCUCAAACACACCCCCACAAAUCAUCCUUUUCUUACCAUUCGAUCAAGAGCAAAAUGAUUAUAAUGCAAGAGAACAUUAAAUAUUACACACACAAAUAUAUACAAAUAUGCUCUAUAGCAAGCUAUAGACGUUACAGAUUAUAUAAAGCGCAACACAUAAGUUUGCAUAAGUUUAAACUAAUCCAUUCAAAUGGAGUGAAAAAACACAUAUUUCAAUGAUAUAUAAAACAGAAAUAACCGAUUUCGAAUAACAACAUCCCUGAAAAGCAUCGUAAAGAAUUUUACAAGAGCAAACAAGAAAAAAAAACAAAAAAAUAAUUGCAAAAAAUGAUUUGUGUUUGACACAGAGCAACAAAAAAAAACGGAGGAACAUUUAAAUGAUAAACAAUUUUAGAGUUAUUUUAUGCUACGAUUCGUAAAGAAUCAUUUAAACAUUCUUAAGCCAGUGUUCGGUACCUCAAUGUAUGGAACAGUUUAAAAUAUGUAGCAGAGGGUUUAACAUUUUCUUUUAUAUGCUUUUAGUAACAAGUUAAUCGAAACAUUGGGGCAUUGUUUAGCAUAACGUGCCUUCAAUUGAUUUUAUUUUCACGUACUCUCUACUAUUGAUUUGCAUUAAGUUUAUAGUAUAGGAAUUUUAGAUUUAUGUACUUCAAUUAUGAGUGUAUUUUUUCAUUUCGUUUAAUUAUUAUUUGAUGUGUUUUUUUGUUUUUAAAUAAAUGGUUUUUGAGUUGGGAAUACGUUUUUGUUAUUUUUUUCUUUUGUAUUCCAGCAUUAUGUGCCGAACGUGUGGCUUAGAAUACAGCACAUUUCCGGUAUCUCUAAAUACAAGCAAUUCGAACCAAAAAAAUUAAAAAAAGAAGAGAUGAAAGAACCGUAUUUUACUAGAAGAAAACAGAAGGUUAACGUAGAAAGCAUAAAAGUAUGUGUAAUAAUGAUAUAGUUGAACCUUGUAUGUCUCCCACGAUGGAAAACAGUUAAAAGCAAACAACAACAAAAAAUGAAGAUAACCGAAAGACUCGAAAGAUGUGCUAAAUUCAGCCUAGCGUUGAUGAUGGUAGACGAAAUGUUCGUAAGGGGAGAAAACUAGGAUUGCAACCUUAACAAAGUAUCUAGUGAUGAACUAAUGGCAAUUGCAUGUGAUUGAACUUAAGUUUAGGAUAGAAAAAGGGCGAAUGCGAAGAAUAGUGUAUGAAGCGAAACCUAGUACACAAUGCUCCUCAGUACGAUGGUGACAAGUUGAUUGACUUUAUUUCGUUUAACUUGAAUUCUUCCUUCAUACUUUCAUAUACGUGGCCAGGGUGAAUGAAUGAACAGUAAAGUACUUUAAUGUUGGAGCAAUGUUCGUUUAACUAUUUUCCUAACAUGAAAUCUUCCACUCAAGUCUUGCUUGCGUAAAUGUGUAUACUUUGUAUGUAAUGAAUAAUUUGUCGUUAGUAUUAAUUUACGCAUUACAGUAACGCACGGCAAAUUCGAAACAAAAUGCGGAUAAGAAAGGAACAUAGAAUAGCUGUGAUGAAUGUGGCCGAGCAAAACCGGACUAAGGUAAAUGUGCGAGAGAAAGCGAGGAACAAUUAGAAAUGAAAGAAACACAUUGAAAUUCAAUCACGCUAAUUAAACUUUAAACAAACCAAACGGUAGCACCGCUUAGCGUAUCUCCCGGCAAAUGCGGAAUAUGUAUUAAAAUUAUGGUUCAUUGAUCGUUUCUGAACUAGAAAGCAAAACAUUUCAAUAAAUGCUCAAAUACGA